CUAUAACCAGUGAUUGAGCGCCGCCAUAGGGAAAUCUGCGGGCCCUUCAACGAGGCUCCGGCCCAUAUUAUAUUUCAGCGGUUGCGGUGGAGCUUAGGGUGAGAGUUCCAACGUCUACAAAGUACAGCGUCAAGGUCAUCACGAGUCAACCCAAGUCCAGCUACCUUGAAACAUGCAAAGCGGGAAGAAUAAACUCAUAGAGCUAGUCUCAGACAGCGAAGUGAGGAUGAGUGGAUUGAGCCGGACGGGCCAAAAUCUACGAGAACGUCGGUUCGGUCCCGCCAAGAAAUUCGAUUUUGACGGAGAUCUAGCCCCUGAAUACAUCUUCACCCCCCGGAAUUCCACCAGUGCCCGUGAAAGCAAACAGGAUGCCAAUCAAACUUUUCUCUCCGGAACUUCAUUCUGUGGCGCGAACUCAAUUUUCGAUUUCGCAGCCGAACCUUCGGUGGAAGGGGGGCUGGGAAGCUAUUUUUCCUUUGGGGUGAAGUCCACGGGAACCAAAUCCUCAUACUCUGAGAUUCGGUCCCUUUCGCCACACGAAAAAGUCCCCAAAGAUGAGCGAGAGUCGCCUACUUUGGAUUUGGAUCUGUUGGUCGUUGUUGAGCCUCGGGAGAGCCGGGGCUUGAUGGUAUCAAAUCAAGCAGCAAGCGAAGAGGAGCUCCGAUCUCCGAAAUUGCGGAAGCGAGCUUCCAGCUGGUUUGGCGAUCGUAGAAAGAAGAAGCCUUCAUGUCCUUCGACAGAGCGGCAGAACGAGAAUUCGUGGUCGCUGAAGAUUCGAGUAGGGCUCCGAACGCACAAGGCAAUCAUUGGGCUCGGUUCCGAAUUAUCGCGGAUGUCUGCACUGCUAGCAUUCCCAAUGCCGAUUUCCCUUCCCGGUAGCAGGAGAGUCACCAAGUCAAAAGGGCUUCUAAUGGCGAAACGCGUUUCUAAAUGCCGUUUGAGUGCGGUGAUGGGAAACCCGUCAGAUACGGAGAAAAGAGCCAUUGACUGCGAAGAGAGCUGUGGCACAAUAGCUACUUGCGCACCAAAGAAAACGAGUAUGAGAGGCGCUGUCGUGGCAAAGAUUGAGACCAAAAUAACGACAUUGAUCCUGGGCAAGAGGAACGAUGACAGGCAUUUACCGAAGAACCUUGCUUGAUAAGGAAGAGUUUCACGUUGUGCAUGCGAGAGGGCAAAGUACGUCCCCACGAACAAGAAAGUAGCCCAGACAGCGGAAGGAAGUAAUUAACAUUACGGAUCAGGGCGCUGAAAGGAGUUGAGAUCGGUAAUUUCCAGGUACCCCAAGAAUUCCGAUGGUACACCUUCUAUCUGUGCUCUUGUCACAUUGGGGUCGCGAGUGUAAAUACUGUGUACCGUGUUGUUGUGUAAAUAUGCGUUGAUCGUGCACCUGAUCGCGCGUAAGCACGCUGAGCUUCAUUGCCAAGAGGUACCAUGCCCACUCCGCGGCUAAAAAU